AUGCGUGUCUCUACCUUGACCUCUGUCGUUCUCGCUACUGUGGUUUCUUCUGCCGCCGGCAAAGCCACAUAUCUUAAAAGUUCCGACGGCGACUACUUGCUUGGGUCUUAUUCCACAUCCGAUUCCGGUGAUGCAGGAUUACUAGCUUUCUACCCCUCGUCUUCCCCCGGGAAAGGGCAAUUCGAGACCGUCAGUAUCGAAAGUGACACGACACUUAGCUUUGGCGGCGACUUUAACUUUUACCUCGACCCACAAUUCACUGGGCCUGAAAACCUUAUCGAAGAGGUAUACGCCUUUGAGUUAGUAAGAGACGACCCUGCUGCCGCGGGCUUUUCUUGGGGGCAAGACGGGACCUUGGAACUUUCGAGUGACAAGUUCCAUGGAUGGGUUCAUUGCCAGGGCGGUGGCUGGACUGGCGCGGACGGCAAUUCUACUUUCUUUUGGUCUGCGGCACCAAUUAAAACAUUGCCGGAUGGAUGCGGCCAAGUUGAUCUCGUCAAGGCCUGA